AUGGAGUCCCUCUCCCUGAGUGCCAUGGCCGAGCCAAUCGGCCGGGCGGGCGAGUUCCUGAAGCAGCUUUCCAUGCCUCGCGUUAUUGCCAGCGUCACUGAGACAUAUGGCGGGAACCCCGAGGCUACCUCACGGGUGGACUCGCUCUGGGAUGGCAUAUCCAAGUAUAUCCGGCAUCCAUCGGGCCAGAUGCAUCGUUUACACCUCCAACCAGCCGAGGCGAACCAGUUUCUGGAGCAAUAUCUCGACAUCGUCGACUUCCGCUUCCCCCGGUUACCACUCGCUAAAGUCAAGUCUGGACUCGAUGCCAUUACAUCUGAGGACGAGUCAGCCUAUAGUACGAUUCUCCAAAAGGAUCCCGCACUCAUAUUCAUGGCGUAUAUGGUCAUGGCCAUUGUGCCCCUAGUCAGUGACAAGUAUCCCAUCUCACAGGGAUCUUUCGUGUCGAUACAGCUGCUAGGAAAGUGUCUCAAGGUGUUAGACCGCGUUUUCCGCCAGGAAGACGGCGUAGACAUCAUCCAGUGCCUCCAGCUCCUUGUGGUUUUCUCCAUACACUGCUCAGCAGCUGGCUCUUCGUGGCAUCUGAUCGGCUUUGCCAUAAAUAAAUGUAUAAGUCUCGGGUAUCAUACAGAAACAUCUCCCUCAAACUCGGCGAUUUCAUUGGGGGAGCGAGAGCAGCGCCGUUGGGCAUUCUGGUCUUGUUUUUUGCUUGACCGUCUGAUCUGUGCUGCUCUAGGCCGUCCCUUUGCAAUACAGAACGAGUGUGUGACCGUUGCUCUACCAGGAGAAGGCUCAGCCGCUAGUUCCUGUUUAGAACCAAAAGAUGUCUACCAUAUUCACUUGUUUAGAUAUGCUAGGCUACUGUCUUCCAUCAUCACUAGUAGUCCUGUUGAAAGAUUUGACGGCGCCUUGAGUCGGAUCCUCCAAUGGCGGAUGGCAACACCCCCUAAUAUCGGGGCCCCAACGCGCGAGCCAUACCUUUACCAGACAUCCUUGUAUCAUACCCUGAUACUACGCACAGGCAUCCAUGAAGUCCUUCGCGGGUACAAGAUUUCGGAGGCUGAAGAUGGAGUUACCACUGUCACACAUGAGAGAGCAAGGCUGAGAACAACUACCUCUGAGAACAGCACGAGAGUUCCCGAGGAAGACAUGAUCCUCGAUAUCAAGCUGUUCGAUAUUUGCUCAGCUGUAGCGUUAAGUCUUGAUAGAAACCGUAUGACCGGGCGUCAUUACCUAUCUCACCUUACAGGCUACAGCGCGUUUUCGAUGGGUUUGGCCACGAUAUAUCAUGAGCUCGUCAGGCGACGCGGAGCUUUAGACCCUAGCCGUGGUAGGUCAAUCGAGAAUGGGGGUGAAAUUCUUGAUCUUUUGACAGGAACCCCAUCGGGAUGGAGCCUAGUUGGCGAAGAUCCGAUGAAGAGAAGUCUUAAGGCGAGUGAGAUUCUGAACAUGGCGUCGUCGAAACUUGAAAUUGUGGCGCGGCAAUUCCCACGAAUGCACGAGUACAAGCAGACCCUUGAUACUAUCCGUUCGGUCGUAUUUUCUGGUCACACGAGUAUGAUAGCAGAUACAGAGAACCUCAAGAGGGCUGUCACGGACAUCAAUCCUACGCAUCUUAGGCAUCUUGGACUUGUCAUCUGGCAUUGUCACGUAGUCGGAAGACAGUGA